CAUGCUAAAGCGGUGGAAGGGAUGCGCACAACAGCAGCGAGUUUUAGCAAAUUCUACCUGAAGACCACCGCUUUAGCAUGCUGUAAGGAAGCUAAAACUGUGAACACUGUAUCCGAACAGACCGUUUCGACGCGACGGAGUUUUUUUUUCGCUCGUCUAAGAUUCUCCGAAAACAACUGGAAAAUGACGCUUGUCAUCAGACUCACGCAAAACUGUUUAGCAUCCAUACCUAGUAUGACAUUAUCGCAAAUAAUCAAAGUGUCCAAGUUAAGCAAAUACCUGCAAGUGAAACUGUACAUCGUAGAACACCACGUGCCGAAUCUGAAGCAUAUCAGAAAUAUUCAAUUGUUGUUAUCCUCUGUCGAGACGCAAGAGAUAUACUUGAUACAUCUGUUGAACAUUAUCGCGAACGUGUGCUACAUAGACAAGGGCGUCGAGAAGAUAGCCGAGGAGAAGGAACUAGUCGAAUUUGUUUUCUGUUGUUUUGGUGUCUGCAAUAACAAAUUUCAACUGCAACAGAAACUCUUUCAAGUUCUUCACUUGAUAGGGUGCGCGAUUCAGGCAAAUCCCGCAUCAAAGUGGAUACAUCAUUUGACGAAUCCUUCUCAUUUUUUGGGAAUCAACAUGAUAAAUUUACUGGCAAAUUGUCCCAACAAAACUAAGGGAGUACUUGAAAGUCCGUUGACAGAAAUGAUAAUAGCAAUGGACACGUUGUUCGAAUUGGAAAUGCCGGACGCAACCAGUGUCUUGGAACAUCUCUUUAAAAUAAACGACUUGGUAACCGCAUUGCUCAAAUGGUUUGCCGUUGCCAUCGUCAAGAGCGAGGGCGAUCGAGACGACACACGAAACAUUUCGGACAAUCAGUGGUUCAUCAUAGAUAAGUGGCUGACGAUAAUGAUUGCCGUCACGAAUUUAAAAUCGUACAGACGCACUUACGGGAACAACACGGAUCACAUAGAUCUCAUGAUUUUUAUCGACACCUUAAACAUCAUACAUCGCUUUUACAACAAUAGUUUAUUUUAUGCCAGUAGAACAAACUUGUCAGAGAGAAAUCAACCCUUCUUACCGACGCAACAUGUCGUUGCAGCUUUUGACAAGAGCAUAACGCUGUCAUUAAGAUUGACGCGUGAUAAAAUAUUGCCACAAAAUGCAUUAGUCAUGCACGAUAUUCUGGAAAACUUUUCAAAACUCGUCACGCACCAACCAAUUUUGAACAAUUCAAUUGCAGACUUUUCAGGCCUGCUCAUUAAUAAAAAGUAUCUUGAACGAUACUUGCUGCAACAUAUUACUCAUUGGAGUUGCAAAACCAUAAUGGAGAUGUUCUCUCUUUGUUGCUACAUAGGAGAUACCUUGCGACAAAGUAUCGUCUUGCCACGUGAUAUAUUGAAAAAAGUAUCUAAUGUAGAGGUUAAAUGUAGAUAUGUUUUCUAUGUAUAUUGAUACGAAAAAAGUAUAAAAUAAACAUCGUGGACAGUGCACCGUUAAGUGAUAUACUAGCAGGCAAAAUCGAACGGCUAUCUAUAAUCGUUGAUUGAAAAACAACGAAGUUGAAAGUUUUAACUUUGAUAUAAAACUAUGUA